GCAGGCCUUGGGAAACUGUUCAGCCCAAUUGCUGCAUAGAUCUGGUUGGGGUUUUCCAGCUGGGACUAUGCAGAAGUUUAGUCAAGCUUCCAAACUAACAAAUUUGCAAUAGAACAAAAUCCACAAACCAUUUUUUAGGGGAGGCGGCAGGGGAGAUCCAAUUCUGUUUUUUUCCAUACAAGUUUGGAGGUAUUUUUUUCCCUCUUUCAUAUCCUUGAAGCCUGAGCCAAAUCCAGUUACGAAUCUCGGAGCACGGACAGCAUAGAGCCAGCAAUGGAUCCCUCUGUGAGUAGCUGUAUGCGAAGUCCCCGUCCCACUACCCCACUCUGGGGAUGCCUGCGGAAUGCCCAUUCGGAGCUCAGCACAGCAGCAGGAGCGCAUCAUUACCCACAAGCACCAUUCUCGUUCCAUCAAAAACCAGACUUUGCUGCAUAUUCCGAUUUCUCAGCCUCUUGUUUGGCCACUGCCCCCCACAGCUUCCCCCGAGAGGAACGCAUGUUCGCAGAGCAGCACCCUUCUUUCCAGCAUUCUGACUGGCACUUUGCAGCAUCCGAGGCCAGAAGGCGGCUAAAUCCAGGACUGGCCUUGGGUUCUGGGGAGCUAGAGAGCAGCAGCCCAAACCUAGUGGCUGCUGCAGGGGGCAUGAAUGAAGAUUAUGGGGUACCAGGAAACACUACAAAUAAAACUGAGAAAAAGUCAUCCAAAAGGAAAAAGGAAACCUCAGAAAAUCAGGAUUCCAGUAGAAAGUCAGAAGCCAGCAGCAAAGCACGGAAGGAGAGGACAGCUUUCACCAAGGAGCAGCUGCGGGAAUUAGAAGCUGAAUUUGCUCACCACAAUUAUUUGACAAGGCUCAGGAGAUAUGAGAUAGCUGUGAAUCUGGACCUCACCGAGAGACAGGUCAAAGUGUGGUUUCAAAACCGAAGGAUGAAGUGGAAACGUGUGAAGGGUGGGCAGCCAGUGUCCCCUCAUGAGCAUGACACAGAAGAUAUGGACUCUGCUGCCUCCCCAAGCUCUGAAUAGCUCCUCACCAGUAGUAAUGUACUGACGAAUGAAGGAAGGGUUGUCAGAGAACUGAUGCCACACAGUUUAGCAGCAGCUGCAUCAUUAACAGGUGCCCCUCCCUGCUCAAAUCAUCUCAUCCUCCUGUGACUCUGGAAGUGGUGCACCUUAACAUGCCUUGGGGGCUGUAAAGGGCACACAGGAAAGUCCAGAGAAGGGUCUGACUGAACUCUCACCACUGCCUUCUUGGCAGUGCCAGUAUUUCUUCAAAAUAAUAACUAAACCCACUGACUAUGAAACAAAUAAAGCUGACUAGAGCUGGAUUUCUAGGAACCAAUAAUGGUCUUCAAGUCCUCAAAAGACACAGUUUAGAGGCUCCAGUUCAGGGUUUGGUGAGGCAGUAAUGUAGCUCCCCAACAUAUAACCUUAUCCAGCAUCUCUCUUUGGUCAUUGCUAUUUGUCAAACCAUAAAGGACUUGAGCAUUUCACAGAAGUGCUUUCUUCGUGCAUCACUCCACGAGUAACGAACACUCUGGUCUCCACUGAUGUUUCUUGUGUCAUUCAAACUGAAAAUAUAAAUGGUUAUAAGCAAGUCUGGGGGGCAGUGGGAAUGUCAAACAAAAGUGUGGCCCACCAAGUGCUAUAUUGGCCUCCAGCCAUCAGUUUUGGAAGGGAUCAUUCCCACAAGGACAAGGGUUCCAUUUAGAGCUGAGAUGGCAGGCACCUUGCUGAUAGGCCUGUGUGAAUGAGAUACUGGAGGUUUGUUUAAUUAAUCUCAGUGUAGCUACUGAAAUCAGAACAUUAAAUCUCACAGGGAAUAUUUGCAUAACCACCGCCACCAAGUAUCAAACCAAGCGUAAUGAGGUCAUGAAUCACCACUGUUCUGCCCUGGACACUGAACUAUAGCUGUUAUAUCUUCUGAAAGAACAUUGCUCCUUUCUGUUGUGUUUGUCACACUCCCAGGGCUGGUUCCAGGGUUUUUGUCGCCCCAAGCAGCAAAAAGAAAAAAAAAAGAGCCGUGAUAGUGAUCUGCAGCUCUACCGCUGCAGCUUCAGUCUUUGGUGGCAAUUCGGCAGCUGGUCCUUCGCUCCGAGAGGGAGUGAGGGACCUGCCGCUGAAUUGUCACCGAAAUCCGGACAUGCCGCCCCUCACAGUUGGCCGCCCCAAGCAGCUGCUUGUUGGCCCUUGCCUGGAGCCAGCCCUGCACAGUUCUUUCUUGAAUGCCUCUGGGUACUAUCUGCUGUUUCCUUUGUUACAACUCAGGACUAUCUGGGUGAGCAGAAAACAAUGUACUGUGAAAUGAUUAGUUGACUUUAUCAGUCUUAAGUUCUUAUUUCUUUUUCUCUUGGGAUCAAAACUUUCUUCCAGAAGGCAUGCAGGUAUGUAUAUGUGAAUUAUGUAUGAAUAUACAUGUCCAUAAUGUUCUAUGGAUAAAUAUUUACAAUACAUGCACUCAGGGCUGGAUUAAGUCUCCUGUGGGCCCAGGGCUAUUAGAUUUUGUGGGGCCCUUGUACACAGGUCAAUUAUGGCAUAGAGGCUAUUAAUGCUGUACUAAACUUGCCUUUUAAUGAACAUAAAGCCGUUCUGUGGUUAUAUUUCAGUCUUAAAAUAUGCAGAAUAUAGUUAAAUUAAUUCAAAAUAGCCUACUUCUUACCUUGGAACAGCUGUUAUAUUAGUUUCUUUCUGGGAGGGAGCUUAGGUGCAUGAAAGGAGUCUGAGCUGGGACAAAGGGUUGGGGUACAGGAGGGAGUCUGAGGUGUAGG